AUGAGCGAACAUAAAGAGGCUAUUCAGCUCAUCAAUGAAGACAAAGAGUUCAAUGGUGGAACUCUGGACUAUUUUAGCGAGUGUGUUGGGGAUAAGAAUGUGGGGACAGGAUACCAUGUGAUAUCUGUUUUCGGAUCCCAAUCUAGUGGGAAGUCUACACUUUUAAACAAGCUCUUUAGGACUAAAUUUGAUACAAUGGAUGCACAAGUAAAGCGUCAACAAACUACAAAGGGUAUUUGGUUAUCACACUCUUCUUAUGUUUACAACUCAUUAGGCGAGGAAGCAAGCUCCGAUGAAACUCCUGACUUCUUCGUUCUUGAUGUCGAGGGUUCUGAUGGUGCUGAACGUGGUGAGGAUCAAGACUUCGAGAGAAAGGCUGCAUUGUUUGCUCUUUCUGUGUCCGAAGUGCUUAUUGUGAACAUGUGGGAAAACCAGGUUGGUCUAUACCAAGGUAACAACAUGGGUCUAUUGAAGACGGUAUUUGAAGUGAAUUUGUCACUUUUCGGGAAGAGUGAGAAACGUCACAAGGUGGCGCUUUUGUUUGUAAUCAGAGAUUUCACGGGCCAAACACCAUUGGAAAGCUUAGAAACUAGUUUGGUUAUUGAGUUAGAGAAAAUGUGGUCUCAAUUAAGUAAACCAAAAGGAUGUGAGGAAACGUCAUUCCAUGACUUCUUUGUCCCUAGCUUCUUUGGAAUGGGCCACAAAGUUUUCCAGCCUGAACAAUUCGAUAAUGACGUGAAAGCUCUGGGUGAUAUGUUUGUUGACAAAAAAAUGCAAUUCUUUAAGGACGAGUAUCACACUCAUCUACCGCUGGAAGCAUGGUCUCUCUAUGCAGAAAACUGUUGGGAACAGAUUGAACAUAAUAAAGACUUGGAUUUGCCCACGCAACAGGUGCUCGUAGCAAGGUUCAAGACCGACGAAAUUGCAACAGCUGCUUACAACACCUUUUUAGCAUCGUUCAACUCUGAUAUUGACGGUAAAUAUUCAACCAUGAGUAGCGAAGAGCUUGCAUCUGCCUUGAAGCACCUCAAAUCCACAUGUUUGGAUGAGAAUUAUGACCCUUCGGCUUCACGUUACGCUAAAACCGUUUAUGCAGAACGUAGAAUUGAAUUAUCAAAUCAAUUGGACUCGAAGAUUAACGAAACCAUAGAAAAUUGUCUUGCUAUUACAACCAAACAACUUCUAGAUCAGUUCCACAAGGAUGUGAAGGACAAAUCGGUGAAAUUGUCAUUCAAGAAGAAGAUAGAAUCUGCUCAUGAGAAAGCUUUAAAAGGUUUUAAAGAUUAUACAUCUCCCUUCGCGAAAUAUGGAUUCGUUGCUAAUUUGGAGGAUCAAAUCUCAAACUUUGAGACCCGUAUAAGUACCGAAACUGAAGAACUACAAGAACGUGAGCUUGAUGCCAUUGUUGGAAGAUUCAAUAAAGGGUUAUCGAACAAGUUAAAGGAGUCUAUAUUACGCCUUUUAUCUAAGCCAACAACUAACAUAUGGGUGGACAUAAUGAAAGAAUUCAAUAAAUUCUUAGACAACACUUUCAGUAAAUAUACUGAUGAGCAUGGUAACAUUGAUUUCCAGACUGGUGCUUCUCAAUCCAAAAACGAAUCUACAGCUAUUGAUAUGAAGAAAAAUGCAUGGUCAUUUUUGGAUCAUACCAUCCACAGUCAUUUGACCGAAGAUAAUGCCGUAGAUAUCUUAAGGAAUAUCUUCAUAAACAAGUUCAGAUAUGACGACGAAGGCAUGCCUAAGUUUUGGAAGAAUGAGGCAGAAGUGGAUGCUGCAUACCGUUCAGCAAAAACUGAUUCCUUAAAAGUUUUAGAUGCUCUUUCCAUUAUUAAGGAUAGUAACAAUGUGGAGAUACUCGUACCUGAGAAUCUCAUAGACCAGAAUGCAGAAGACGGUGACGAUUAUUACGGAGAUAGCGACGAGGAACUUGGACUCUACCAUCAACAUAGAUUUUCUCAUGUUUUCUCUGAAUUGCAAAAGGAUAAGAUUAUUUCCAAGUUUAAACAAUUCACUGACUUAACUAUUAUCGAAGCAAAGAGGUCUAUAAUAAACACGACUGAACGAAUUCCAUUGUAUAUGUAUGCCCUUGUGGUAGCAUUAGGUUGGGGUAAGAUAAUGACAAUUCUAAAAAACCCUGCUACUAUCUUUUUAUCCAUCAUUGUACUUGCUGGCGUAUAUGUGAUACACAAACUAAACCUAUGGGGUCCUUUAUACCAAUUCGCUAAUCAAGCAACGGGACAAGCAACUAUGACUUUGAAACAGACUGUCCGUAAUUUGGUGCUUGAUGAAGACCCUAAGCCUGUAUCCACAGAGAAAUACUCUGGAGAUUUGAAGGCCAGGAAAGAAGAUCCUUCUAAAGAGAGUACCCAUUUAUAA